CAUGGAAUGCAAGAGAAUGUUGGAAGCCAGUGUGAAACGACAAAGGCGGUGUGCCAAUUAUAAGCCCAACAUUUGGCAAUAUGAUUUCAUUAUGUCUCUUGAAAGCCAAUAUGAUGGAGAAGAAUAUAAAAGAUGUUAUAAGAAGCUGAGAGAGGAGGUGAAGCGAAUGUUUGUUGAAGAAAAAGAGCAAGUUUGCAAGUUGAAGCUGGUUGAUAAGAUAAAGAAGCUAGGAUUGACAUACCUGUUCGAGGAGGAAAUUGAGGAAACCAUGUGCAGCAUUGCCAAUUCCAGGAGCAGCAUUACUUGUGCGGAUCAUGUCUAUGCUACUCCAUUAUGCUUUAGGCUUCUGAGGGAGCAUGGUUAUCAAGUUUCACAAGACAUUUUAGGCAGUUGCAUAGAGGAAAAGGGCGGUACUUAUAGUGUUGAUACAGAUGUCGAAGGAUUGAUUGAGCUCCUUGAGGCCUCUCAUUUAUGCUUUGAAGGAGAAAACAUGGCAGCAAAGAUUAAAGAAUAUUCAACCAAAAAACUCAAGCACUAUUUGUCUAAUUGUAGCCUGGACGCUGCUAUGGCCAACCAAGUUGCACGUGUAUUGGAGCUAUCAUCCCAUCAAAGAGUACCAUGGUUCAACGUCAAAUGGAACAUCCAUAUUUACGAGCAAAGAAAGGAUAUGAACCUCCAUUUAUUCCGUUUAGCAAAGCUUAACUUCAAUAUUGUCCAACUACAUCUUCAAAAAGAUCUCAAGGACAUUUCACGGUGGUGGAAAAAUCUGAAUCUAAGUCAUCAUUUAAGCUUUACAAGGGAUCGAUUGGUAGAGUGUUUCAUGUGCUCGCUAGGACUUGUCUUUCAGCCUCGACAAUCAUCCUUCAGAAAAUGGCUUACCAAACUCAUUAUUUUUGUACUUAUCAUUGAUGAUGUUUAUGACAUCUAUGGUUCACAGGAAGAGCUAAAACAAUUCACCACUGCUAUUGAUAGGUGGGACUUGAAGAUAAUUCAAGAUUUGCCAGAGUGCAUGAAAAUAUGUUUCCAAGUACUAUAUGAUACUGUCCAUGAAACUGCCUACGAAAUUAACGAACAAAAUGGAUGGGACCAAGUCUUAACUCACCUAAAGAAAGGGUGGGCAGAUUUCUGUAAAUCUCUAUUUGUGGAAGCAAAAUGGGACAACGAAGGAUAUCCACCAUCUCUGCAAGAGUACUUGAAGAAUGCGUGGAUUUCAUCGUCUGGUGCUCUAAUUGCUAUUUACUCAUUUUUAGCAACAACAUCACAUGAUCAUCCAACUGAGGAGAUGGUACAGUUCCUGGGUACAAAUUAUCAUGAUCUGGUCUAUAAUCAGUCCUUGAUUAUCCGGCUUUGCAACGACUUAGGAACUUCAACGGCAGAGAAAGAGAGAGGAGAUGCUCCUUCAUCGAUCCUAUGUUAUCAACGAGAAGAGAAUGUUGGAGAAGAAGAAGCAGAGGAGCACAUUAAGGAAAUAAUAAGGAAGAGUUGGAAGAAACUGAAUGGAGAAUGUUUUGCCAUCAGAUCAUCAUCACCUUUCCUGAAAUCUUUUGUGGAUCUCACUGUAAAUGCUGCUCGUGUGGCUCACUGCCUUUACCAGUAUGAAGAUGGUUUUGGUGUUCAAGACCGCCACAUUCGCUGCAACAUUCUGUCAUUACUGGUUGAACCCUUCAAGCUUGAUUAA